AUGGGAAAAGCUUGGGCUAACCUUGAUCAAAGCGAGAAAUGGUCGCCCAAAGGAAUCGGUGCUAUACUCAAAGUCGAAGAUGCAAUUGCCUACCGACACUACAAAGUGUUCAGAGCUUUGAGGAAAAAGCUCAACAAUAAAGGUGGUGAACACCCCACCACAUUCCCAGAUUGGUGGAGUCGAAUCAAUUCGAUCGAUGACGAUGUCGCUGCUUGCGCCAAGGAAGAACUUGAGAGUAUCAUUCUCAACCAUGAUAGAGUCUUUCUGUUGGUGGAUAGGAGAUUCGCUGACGUCUACAUCCCCUUGUUUAGAUAUCCUCAAAUGAUCGAACCCCUCUCUGAUAGAGAGAUAAGGAAGAUGGUCGAACGAAAGAGGACUUCGCCUUUCCAUACCUACAAGCCUACCGAUGAGCUAUACAACUUUCCCAACAAUCUUGUCGAUAACGAUAACGAUGAGCUGCCCAACUACUCUCAUGAUGAGUUAGAGAAGCUUUUCUAUCUUUGGAGAUGUGAUGAAUCCGAUUACGAAUCAACCGAUCAAGGCGAUAGCGAUAGCGAUUCCGAUAAUGAUAACGAUUCCGAGGGUAAUGGUUCUAAUGGAGAUGGAGAUGACUCAAUCACCUUGCCUCGUUCAGAAGUGGACAAGGAGAAUGAUGGUGGUCAUAAUGAAGGUGAUGAGAUUCAGGUAGAUGCAGAAUGA